CUCUGAUGCUCUGCGCUGCUGGGGAGAGGUUGCAAGGCACGCCUUCCGCCGCCCCGACGCUGCGGGUGCGAGCGUGGGCACGCCUCCGCGCGUGACGCUCUGGGCUGCUCUGGACGCCCCUUGGCGACUCCGCAGCGAUCUGCGUGCAGCACGCGGGUCCGGGCACGCGGGGCCAUGAGCCACGCGCGUGUCCACCACUUCAGACUCAAGCUCCGCUGGAGCUCGUGCUUUGUGUUAGCGAAGCGGAGUUCUGGGUUGGGAGUCGAGGAGCUCUCUCUGCCAUCAUGUGCGCUAGCAAGGCAGGCAGAGGUGGGCCAGACGCCCAGUGUUCGUGGGCCGCGCGAGGCAUGGAGGUCCAGCCCAGGGCGGCGACGAAGUCUUCCCCUGCACAAGCGUGGUGGAGCGCAGAAAGCGAAACAGAGCGUGCAACGCCAGCGAUCCUCUGCAAGGCCAGGGCGCCAGGGAUCGAGGUGCCUGCUGCUGGGGGUGCAAAGUCGAUCCACGAUGGGAGCUGCGCCGGGCACCAGCAACACGCAUUCUGCUGCCACUACUCGUGAGAAAGGAAUGCGGAUUCUGAUUAGACGGUGACGCGUUGGAACGGAUGCGAGUAGAGGGGAGAGAGGGCAAAGAGAUGGAUCUACAGACCCACUGACGAGCGAACUUUGGGCUGUGAGGGCCAGGUGGAAGGGGUGCGGCAGUCGCAAGAGCGGCUAGAGAGCCUUGAGCG